AAUUAAAAGAGAAGACUUAAUUUUAAUUACGGGAGACAAUAUGACAAGAAUUGCAUACUUCAUUGUUGCGGUUUUGGCUUUGGCACCAUCUUUUGCUUCUGCCUACGAUCCCAGCCCUCUUCAAGACUUUUGUGUGGCAGUUAAUGAUUCCGAAUCUGCUGUUUUUGUGAAUGGAAAAUUUUGCAAAGAUCCAAAACUUGUGGUAGCUGAAGAUUUCUUCAAACAUGUUGAUGCGGGAAACACCAGCAACAAACUUGGUUCAAAAGUUACUCAAGUUAGCGUUAACGAACUAUUCGGACUGAACACAUUAGGCAUAUCGUUAGCUCGUAUAGACUUUGCAGCAAAAGGUUUAAACCCUCCUCACAUUCACCCAAGAGGCACAGAGAUCCUUAUUGUUAUUGAAGGCACUCUCUACGUUGGAUUUGUGACUUCAAAUCAAAACAAUGGACAGAACCGUCUUUUCACGAAAGUGCUAAACAAGGGUGAUGUGUUUGUGUUUCCAAAGGGACUUGUUCACUUCCAAUUGAAUGUUGGUUAUGAAAAUGCUGUUGCUAUUGCUGCUCUAAGCAGUCAAAAUGCAGGGGUUAUCACUAUUGCUAAUGCUGUUUUUGGAUCAACUCCACCUAUUUCUGAUCAAGUUUUAACCAAAGCUUUUCAGGUUGACAAAAAUACAGUCGAUUAUCUUCAAAAGCAAUUCUGGUAUGACAACAAUUAGUUGGGAGAAGACAGAUGCAGAUAUUCUAUUUCUUACUUGUACCUCAUGCAAUUAGCCAUCCAUAAUAUUAAAUAAAAUGCAUGAGGGUUAAUUUAUACGUACCACAUUAUUUAU